AUGUCAUCGCCAAUUGUUCAUCUUCAUAAAGCUAUAUCAAAUGAAUCACUUAACUUACGAAAUGAAACAUCUCAACAACGUAUAAGUUUACAACACAUAUUUAAUUCAUGUGUACUUGAUAAAUAUCAACGUGUUAAUGCUGGUGAACUUAUACGACAUUUUCGUUUUGUUACUGAACAAAAUACAGAUCUAUUAAGUGUACAAUUUGAUUUUACUUUUUUAUUAAAUGAACUCGGUGAUUCUGAUCAACAAGUGACAUUUGAUCAAUUAUUUAAUGCUGUUGAAAAGCUUUAUUCUCAACUUGUUGAUGAAUCCAAUAUAAGUACAUCGGUAUCAAAAUCAAUUUCAUCAAUGUCACCUAAUGCAUCAUCAUCUUUAAAAAAACGACGAAAUAAAGAAAAUAUUGAUUUACAUACAAAUGAUGAUGUAUCAUCGUAUUCAUUUGAUUCACGAAAAAAAUCAAAUGAUCAUGAAAAAUGUAAAAUCGAAUAUAAUGAAUUAUUGGAAAUAAAUCGUCGACAAAGUGAAUGUUUACGAAUGCUUGAAGAAGAAUAUAAAAAACUUGAUGAUGAUCAUCAACGUUUACAAAUUCAAUAUGAAGAAAUACAAAAGAAAAAAAUUUCAUUAGAAGAUGAUCUCAAUCGUAGUUCACGUUAUAUAAAUGAAAAUGUUGAUUUACAUGUCUAUAAAAAUCAAUUAGAAAAUUCAUAUCGAGAUUUAAAAGAAGAUAAUGAAUGUUGUGAACGAGAAAAAUUUGAACUUCAAGAACAAUUAAUUGAUAUCGAAAGUCAAUUACAAACAAUUCGAGAAGAAUGUAAUCAAUAUAUGAAUAAAUUAAUGGAUACUGAACAUGAUUUAAAAAAAGAAUUCGAUUGUCGACAACAGCUAGAAGAACAAUUAAAUACAGUACGAGAUCAAUUAAAAGAAAAUUAUCAAAUUAUUAAUUCUUUACGAACAACUUUAGAUGAUUUAAAUCUAGUUAAUGAGGACAUUGUACGAAAAAAUGAAAAUUUAGAAAAAAUUGUUGAAGAACUUCGUCAACAACUUCGAAAUGCAAAAACUGAAUCAAUUGAAGCUCGAUUAUCUUUAUCAAAUUUAUGUGAUGAAGAAAGUUUUUUAUGUGAUGAACUUGAAGAACGUGUUGAUGUAUCACGUCGUGCAACUAUUUCCAAUGGACAAUCACUCUUUGCAGAAAUAAAUACUAUUGAUAAUAUUUCAAAUGAAUGUGUUUCACAAUGUCUUGAUUCAUCGAAUAUGGAAACAAUUGAUGAUAUGGAAGUACAAAUACUUUUAUCAAAAACCGAUAGUUUCAAUUCGAUGCAUCUAAAAGAUGUGUUUCAUGAAUUACAUGUAAAUGGUAUGAAUAUAAAUGAACAUUUGACGAUAUUAACGAAUAAAAUUCAAUGUGAACAAGAUCAUGAAUAUAUUUUAACAACAACAAAUUUAAUAGAUAAACAUUUAUUAACAAUAAAAAAUUUAAUUAAAAAAGUUAUUGAUAAUAAAGAUGUAUUUGAAGGACGUUUUAGAAAAUUACAAACAUUAUUAAUAGCUAGUCGAGAAAAACAACGAACAUUUCAAUUAGAAUUAAAUGAAUUUUCUAAUUCAAUUGAAUCAAAUUUAACAUCAUCGAAUAUUAUUUUAAUAUUAAAAGAUUAUCAUUAUACGAUAGAACAAUUAAAAUGUAAAGAAAAAAUAUCCGAUGAAAAAAUUCGUCGAUUAGAAGAACAAUUAUUAAAAAUAAAAAAAGAUGAAAAAACACAACGAUUGAAAAAUAUUUCACUAACUAAACAAAUUGAAAAAUUUAAUACAAAAACAAAUUUUAAAGAAAAACAAGAACAAUUUAAUGAAAAUAUAUUAUUACCAAUAAAGAAAAUUCGUUCUCGACGAAAUUUAUCAAAUUUAACAACUGGCAUUUGUCCAUUUCAUUCUGUUCGAGAAUUAUUUUGUGAUGAUUAUGAAUUAUUCAAUUCUACUUCAUCAUUAUUACCAUGUCGAUGUUUAAAUCGAUCACGUUCAAGUCCAAUGAUUACACAAAUGAAAUCAUCAAUAAAACAUCUUCGACGUCUGUCAUCACCAUGUCCAUCAAUACCAAGUGCAAUGACUGUUACAACUACGGAUUCUGGUUUAAAUACAUCAACUGGUUAUACAACAAGUCGUUCACCAACACCUGAUUUAGAUGAAGAUAUAUCAUCAAUGACAUUAGAAAUUGAUUCAAUAUUUAAUCGAACACUUACAAAAGAAAAUAAUUGUUCAAAAAAAUCUUUUCAAAAAGUUAAUCGAUCUACCAAUAUUAAAAAUAUACAAUCAGAUCGAAUAAAACGAGUUUUAAAAAGAUUACAAUGGUGUGCAGUAAUUAUUAGUUGUUCAAUAGUUUUAUUUAUCUGGACUGUCAUCAUACGUUAUUAUUUUUUAACAUCACCAAAUGAUGAUGAUUGUAAUCGAUUAUCAUUUGCUUGGUGGCCAUUUGCUUAUUGUUCAACAAAUGGUAUUACUCUUUAA